UGGUGUAAAGUCCACUGCUCGCUGUUGACUACUUGUCCAAAAGUAUCCUACAGGAUAGCUGCUGAAGUUCUGUUACACGAUAAUGGAGAUUUCAAUCUUUACAGUCGAUGCCUUCACCAACUUACCGUUCAAAGGAAACCCCGCGGCGAUUUGUCCACUCUCGCAUGCGCUUCGUGACGAGUUGUACCAAAGGAUAGCAACAGAAAUGAACCUGUCGGAGACAGCUUUCAUCACCAAAAUCAACCCGUCCGACAACUUCACUACAGGUUCCAGGUUCUGCCUCCGAUGGUUCACACCCACCAAAGAGGUGGAUUUGUGUGGUCAUGCCACUCUGGCUUCUGCUGCAGUGCUGUUUCAGCAUAUGAAAAACAUGAAUCCCACAGUGGUUUUUGAGACGAGGAGCGGAGAUCUUUCUGUCACCCGGUGUGGAGAACAAAUUGUCAUGGACUUCCCUCUCAAUCCACCCACCAGGGAGGAUCCUAAGGAAUUCAAAGAUAUCAUCAAGGCUGCUGUAGGGGAUCAUCCAAUCCAGGAUGUAUAUUUGAGUUCCAGCACUAAGAAGCUGAUGAUUCGCUUGGCUGACAGCUGUGACAGGUCCGUUUUGACCAGUCUUAAGGUGGACUCAACCACCCUUCUGUCCAGCGAGAGAAGUGGCAGAGUAACUGGGCUCAUCAUCACUAUAAUAGGAUCCCCAGACUGCCAGCCUGGCUAUGACUUCUACUCCAGAUAUUUUGCUCCAUGGAACGGUAUUCCAGAGGACCCCGUCACUGGUUCUGCCCACACGGUCCUAGCUAGUUACUGGUUGGAGAAACUUGGCAAGAGAAAGAUGCUGGCUUACCAAUGCUCCAGUCGAGGCGGAGAGCUGGAACUAGAAGUGAGGGAAGAUGGAAGAGUCAACAUUGCUGGGCGGACGGUCACCAUACUGCAGGGAACAAUCACAUUAUAGGCACAUUUCCAUGCGCUGAAGCAGGGUUGGGGGCCACGGGAGAAUCACCAUCGCGGGACACAACGUCAACACAUGAACAAAGCUCACGUUCACCAGCUGCUCUACUGCACGAGACACCACGCACACAUGGAAACAGAUGCAUAUAUCCAAGGCUCAGCGUUUUCGGUUUUUAAUUUUCAAAGCCACCCAGCAUGCCGUAUUUCUCCACAAGAGGACACUGUUACAUAACCUCACACGAACAACUUUUGGAUCCGCGGAAACAUAAAAACCUGGGUGAAAAUCAGUUUAAACCGAUCUGCUGCUUUUAAAAUAUCUGGGUAUAUUUCGGUGAAAAUUGGUAAAAACCAAAGAUGCUGAGCCUUGCAUAUAUCAUACCAUUUGAUAAAAUGGGAUGGAGUAAAUAAAUGGGGAAAUUGUACUGUUAAAUCUAAUUCAGUAUUAUUCAGCCUGCAGUGAGUCCAGAAAAGAACAGAAACUGUCAGAAUUUAAAUUAUUUAUUCACAUAAAACAAAUAAACAAUCGUAAAAAUUUAAAAAGGCAAAUUGUAAACAAGGCUCAGAUGUCAGAAAUCAGAAUCAGCAGAGGUAGAAUCAGUGGUAUUGUGGUAGCUAGACUUCAUUUGAAGAUCACUAUUGACUAUGGUGAAUGUAAUACAAUUUGGAAGAAAAAAAAGUCAAGAAAAUUGGAGAAAACUGGAGAGAUUUUUUUCUUGGAGAAAACGCCAAGAAAAUUUUAGGAAAAAAAAAGUCAAGAAAAUUGCAAGAAAACUUUGCAAAAUCAUUUUUCGUUGGACAGUACUUUGCAAUUAGCCACUUCAGGCUAUCGCCAGUAAGAACUGAAAUUGGUUACCAUGAUGCACCAGUAAGUGUCCUUUCUAAUCACGAUGUGUAUAUCUGAGUAACUGUGCUGCCUUCCAUUUCUUUAUUGAAAUGGUGAAACUGAAGAAAAAUUACUCCAAAGCCUUGCUUUUCUUUUUGUUCACCUGUAUUUUUGGUCCAGACUUGUUAUUUAUACACGUUGUGAAUGUGUCUUAAUUUUUUUUCAUAAUUUGUGUUAAAUUACUUCUAUAUACCCCAGCUCUAUUUUGCUUUUUUCCUCCCCAACUGUAUCCGGUCAAUUACCCCACUCUACUGAGCCCCCUCUGCCGACCCGGGGAGGGCUACAGACUACCACGUCUCCUCCGAUACAUGUGGAGUCGCCAGCCGCUUCU